AUGCAUGCUUUGACAAUUUUGCCUGCCAAACCUAUACAAGAAUCUGAGUAUGCAGAUCAACGGUAUUUAGGAAAUUCAGCUACCACUCACAUUUCUAGAAACACUAAAUCCUCUAUCAUCAUCCAGCCGAAGUCCUCUGACUCCCCUCGAGACUUAGGCCAAUGCAGAUAUCUUUCAGAGGAGAGCAGAGUCCCAAAUGUUAAAGGAGAAAAAGAAAAAGUAAUUGGAUCACAGCACCCUUUGCCCCCUCCAAGGCCUCCUAAGACACUUCCAAAGAAAUAUCAGCCACUUCCCCCAGAACCGGAGAGAGGCAACCAGCUGUCUCAAACAAGGAAAAUAUGUAGUCAGGCUCACACAUUUCCAAUGUCAGCAAAGAACACCAGACACCUGGAGUUAAAUGAAGCACCUGGAAAAGGAAGAGAUAUCAGCAGGGAAGUUGAAUUAUCUUUCCAAACACGACAGCAAAAAACAAAAUAUCCUGCAUCCAGGUAG